GUAGGGUAUAAUUUUCACUAUUUUCUCCCAGCCUAUGGGCCGUCACAUUAAUUUCUGAAAUUACCUCAUUUAAAGAAUACUCGUUGAAUCGGCGACCAAAAUGUCGGGUUUAAACGACGAAAAUGGCUGCCGGGAAAAGUCGCCGGACCUAAUAUUCCGGUGUAUUGUUUCCAGUAUUUCCGGCAUCAUCGCUCAAUUUUCCCUACUUUUCAUACCGUAUUUCUUCCCACAAUUCUCUCUCCUACUUCAAUUCCUCCUCUCAGCUGCAGUUCUUGCAAUUGCUAUUGGAUUAUGCCAGUUUAUCAAGCGUUUGCUGAGAGUUCAUGCUUCAGCCCCGGCUUUUGUAUUUUUUCAUAUGAUCUUCUUUUGGAUUGUUUAUAUUAGCGUGAUUAGUCAAGCCGUUUCAAUUCCGUCAAAUGUUGUAUUCAAUGCAGAGCUAGCAAUUCUUCUUAUUGGGUUUUUGAGGAUCUUAUCAAGUGAUCCUGGUUUUGUUCGCCAGGACUCUCCCAGUUUAGUUGAGGGUUCAAAUUCAGAAGAUGGGCUUCAUCUGGAGGACGUGGAGGAAGUAUCAUCUACAACAAGAGGCAUAAGCUUGCACAACUCAAGUGAAAUGAGUUCGUUAUUUUCAAGAAGGACGCGCUAUUGUAGGAUUUGCAAAGCCUAUGUUAUUGGAUUUGAUCACCAUUGCCCUGCUUUUGGAAACUGCAUAGGCCAGAGCAAUCAUAGGCUUUUCAUGUCACUUUUAAUUAUAUUCAUAAUGAUCGAGGCAUCCUAUACAAUGCUUUCUUAUCAGUGGAUUAACAGAAAUCUGGUCUUGACAGAGAGGGGCUCCAAGAUUCAAUACAGCUUGGUCAUGAGCACGAUGAACUUUUCUUUGCUUCAAGUGCUUUGGCAGGUGGCUUUUUUUGCAUGGCAUGUAAAUUGUGUUUGCCUCAAUAUAAGAACUGAAGAAUGGAUAAAUUGGAGAAGAUACCCAGAGUUCCAUGUCAUUGUUCAGCCUACACCAGAUCAAUCUUUGUCAGAUACGAGGUUCAAGAAUCCGUAUAAUAAGGGACUUUUAUGCAACUUGAAGGAGUUCUUGCUGAGUUGAGAUCAAUGGUUCACUACUCAUUGAGUCUCUUGGUUUGUGGACUACUGGAGCAACUGCUAUCUGCCCUGCCUACAUCCCUUCGUGUUUCCCAUGUGACAUGACUACCCAUAUAUUGGGACCUUUUUAAGCAGAAGAGAUAUCGAUGCUCUUGACCUCAGGUAGCCUGAAGCGGCGAAGGAACUUACCACUGCUCCUCUCAACACGGUGCCACUUGUCGUUCUUCUCUUCUUGCUCCUUGCUUCUUUCUCCACUUAUCUGCAGGAUCCUGCCUUCUUCGACCUCGACCUUCACUUCUUCCUUCUUCAGCCCAGGAAGAUCAACUUUGAAAACAUGUGCUUCUGGUGUUUCCUUCCAAUCAACCCUUGUGCUUGCAAAUUGGGACGUUUCACGAGCUGAGCUGGGUACAUUGGCAAGGGCUGAAGUGAGAAUGCCAUCAAAUGGAUCCCAAGUGUCUAGGGAAAAUGGAUCAAAGACAUUGGUUUUUCGGUUACCAAAGAAGCUUGGAAUGAGCGACAUUUUUGGAGGAUUGUUUGAGCUGUGCACAGGUGAUUUAAGGGUUUACUGAAUUGAGAUUGGGAUUGAACUUCUUUAGUGUGUUUUCUAUGUUGAUGAUAGAACUGAAAGUGCAUUGCAUAUAUUUAUACAUGAUUGUAAUGAGAUCUCGGAGUUUCUGGGCACUUCCUCCAAUAGUUUAAUAUUAUGAUGUUUUUGUUAAAUCAAUUUUGAGGGACCCAGAUAAUGUAGCUCUUAUUUCUACAAUCUUCUGAAGGCUUCUUUA